CUGCAUAAAAGGUAAGACGAAUGAAAUAACCGCAAUAUCAGGAAAAUGUGCAAAAUAAAUAGUUCCAAGAAGAUUUAAAUCAAAAGUGACAUUCUAAUUAGAAGAGCUAAAAAGAACAAUAAUUAUCGCUAAGUCAAAUUGGAUUCCAAUUAAGGCAUCAAACUGUAUACUAAAGAUUCAAAAAUCCAAUUCAGUUUUCGGUUAUCAAAUCGUUUUCUGAAUAAUGAGUCGUCAUGAAGGUGUCAGCUGUGAUUCAUGUCUCAAAAGCAACUUUAAUGGUCGUCGUUAUAAAUGCCUGAUAUGCUAUGACUAUGAUUUAUGUGCGGACUGCUAUGAGGAAGGUGUGACAUCCACUCAUCAUUUGGUUGAUCAUCCCAUGCAAUGUAUUUUAACGCGAACUGAUAUUGAUCUGUUUUUUGGUGGUGAAAUGCUUAAUUCAGAUCAGCCACAAAGUUACACUUGUCCUUAUUGUAAAAAAAUGGGUUAUAGCGAUGCUACACUAUUAGAACAUGUUACUGCUGAACAUACUGAAACAAGUUUGGAAGUUGUGUGUCCAGUCUGUGCUGGCAUGCCAGGAGGUGAACCCAAUCUAGUCACAGAUGACUUUGCUGGUCAUUUAACGUUAGAGCAUCGAACUGGACCACGAGAACUAAUUUCAUUUAUAGAUGAACCAUCAGCUAUUCGUCACGGAGGCGGAGUGCGUCGCAUACCGGGACGUACCUUAGUUGGCCAGAGAGCCCGUCGGUCUAAUAUGCACUUCAGUUCGUCAAGUGGUUUAUCUGCAUUAUCACCUUCUGGUCGAGAAUCGGUAGAUCCAAUUGCUGAACUUUUAUCACAAUUGUCAGGAGUACGACGUGGUGGGCCUCAAUCGUCACAACUUCAACAAAUACAGAUGCAGAUACAACUUGAACGUCAGCAGGUGGCAAUUGCAACACGUCAGCAAUUAGAACGUUUACCUAGACGAGCGCAUCCUUUAGUUUCAGCCUCAAAUUCAAAUGCCACUAUGGCAGAAGUUAUUAGUGGAGGAAAUGUUAGUAGCGCAAUUAUGACUGGUAACUCAACAGGUUCUAACAGUGUCAAUGGUGGUAGCUCUUGUCGUGCAAAUGAAUGGUCCAUAAGUACAUCUGGAACAAAUCAGCAACCGCAAUCCCAGUUGACAGCAAACGCGGUUAAUGCAAGAGAGGUUCAAAUGUUACAGUAUAAGGAUAUUGCUGCUGGUACUGUAAAUAGCAAUGCAACAGGGGGUUCAAUAGUUAAUGGUGCUGAAGGGCAAUCACAAUUUUUACUUACUAAAUUUAUGCAGCCUAAUUUGAGUGACAGUGAAUGUGCCGAAGCUGAUCAAAAUCGGGCUGACAGGUCGCAGUUCGUGCAAGCUUUGCUGCUGUCCGCUUUGUCACGUGUCAAUCUUGAUAUCGAUUUGGACCAUGAAAAGAGAGGAGAAUCGCAAGAAACCAACAGUGAUAGUGUAAAUAAUGAAAGGGGUACUACAAAUAUUGGUGAAAGUUUAAUUGAAACACAUGACAAGUCGAAGUCCGACGGUGGUAUACAUAUUUCGGGUACCGGUGUCAAUAGUCGUCAGCAAGUUCAUCAACAACAACAGACUUCACCGGAGGAUUUUUCCGAGGAGUACAAGCAACAGCAACAGCAACAGCCACAACCUCAACAACAAACAUAUUUGUUGAAAAAGAAAGCAUCUGCUACAAGUGGCGGCACAGGCACUGGCAAACCAAUUUCUGAUAGAGGUAUUGAACGUCGCGGUCGUCCACCGCCCCCUCCAGUUGUAGGCACUGGUGCAAUAGCUACAGGUUCAGAGCCAAAUCAGCAACAAGGCCAAUCACAACAAAAAUAUAAACAACCUACCACACCGAUGCCAGCAAAUCAAAUUCCAGAUACUAGGUAGUGCUAUAGAACUAGCCAAAGCACUUCAUUAAACACAGCAGCAAGGGUCUCGUAAUAUAUAACAUAUAAUUAUUUUAAAAGUUUAUAUAAAUCUAUAAAAAUAUAUAUAUGGUAACAAAAAGCAUAAACCAUAAAAAUAUCGUUAAUUAAAAACACUUGGUAAGAAAUUUUAUUACGAUUUCUUAAUAUUUAUAGAAAAAUUAGAAUGAAUGGAAAAAACAUUAAAACCACAUGAACUAAUUUAAAACAAACAUACUAUAUGUACGUCGUCUUUCAUUGUGCUACAAAUUUUAAUGUGAAUGCACGACAAUAGAGAUAAAAUUAGCAACUUAAAAUAAAAUAAAAUAAAAUAAAUAAAAUUAUAAAUGUAACACAACUAAAACAAUUUUGCAACAAAAUUGAAAUUUUGGAGGUGCGCGGUCUGGUCUAUUUUAUUAGAUUUCUUUUUAAUUUAUUAAGGCAACGACAUAACUUAACGGCGUAGAGAUUUCAUUAAAUUAAAGAAAAAUACUUUGAAUUAAAUAAAAUUUCAUUAUAUAUAUUAUAAGCCCAAUUUUAUA